GGACAAGGCGCGGGAAAUUUAGCGUGCGUCUGUCCGUCCGUGCCAGCCAGUACAAGCCAGAUCUCGUCGUAGCUGGCGACGAUGCAGCGCAGAUCGUGCGUCGAAACCUCCUUUCGUGCAUUUAGCCUUUCACAACAUCAAAACAAAUGCGAAACUUUUGUUGGUACUUUCUGCUUGAAGCAGUAGUCGUACUGCUUCAAGCAAAAGUACAAUGCAAGGAACUUUCCACAGAUGAUCGAAAUAGCCGACUAGCAGUUCGCGGAACGACAACUAUCCCGAAGUACCCCGCCGACGGAUAUUGCACCCCCCUGACCGAUAUUCAGGAUGAUGAAGGAUGGAUCGCGACCGCAGCGGGGAACUCGAUGUCAAACUACGAUAUCGAUAUGAACUGCGUAUGGAGAAUCACUCCCCGGAGCGACCAGUCACUUGUAGUGCUGUCAUUUGAAUCGUUCCACACGGAAUGCGGGUACGACUACGUGGUGAUUUACGAUGGAGCGGAUCAGUCUGGCCCUCGUAUCGCCGAGCUCUGUGGCGUCAGAAACAAGACCGUAGUGGUCUCGACGGGGAAUGCGAUGACAGUGGUCUUCAAUUCGGAUUCCGCGGUCACCACUACGGGGUUCACAGCGCAUUUCCGAGUUAGGGAUAAAUCGCAGCUUUGCAGCACAUCGUCAGAAUGUGCCGGGUUUCCCUGUGUCGCUGGUACCUGCAGAUGUGACCUCUAUCAUGCAGGAGACCUCUGUCAAAAAGACACUGUAGGAUACCCUGGUUUUACUUCACGAGCGUACCAUUCUGGAGCAUACGACAGGACAAGCGACAAACUAUACGUCACGUUUGGAUAUGGAGAAGAGCCCACCUUGCUGAAUGAUAUUCUCGUUCACGAUUUUGCGUCAAGCCGAUGGUCGAGCAUCUCCAGAACAACCGGAUCGUCGCCUGGGGCGCUCUAUGGACAUUUUACUUGGAUGGUGAACGGGACACUAGUGUUGUUCGGAGGGGUGACCGAGAGUGGACCAUUGACGACGAGGUACAUCUGGAACUAUUCCCCAGACCGCAACACUUGGAGCCCCGUGCGAACAGGAGGGGACAUUCCAACCGCUGCUGUCGGUUUCUCAGCCACUUUGGUGGAGACGCCGACCGGUUACAAGAUUUACGUAGUAGGCGGUAUUAUUCCGGGCCCAAGCUACUCGAGGAAUCUGUACGAAUACACAUCGAGUUCGAACCAAUGGAGGGUUUUGCGACCAAUCCCGUUGCCAAUGAGCGACGGCCUCCUUGUAUACCAUCCCAGAAGCAACUCGCUUCAUCUGAUCGGGGGCAGCUACCACAUGUGGAUACCAAAUCUUCAAUAUGGGCUACCGACGUACUACUUUUCGAUAGACGCCGGAAACUGGUAUCUGGGACCGCUUCAAGACAAUUUACCUCUUGUUAUCGAUGCAACCGGUCAUUACAUUGGGAACGAUGUUAUUGCGAUAAACGGGGGCAUCCGUCCUUUACUCACUUCCAAUAUGGUGAAUGAAGAAUGCCUAUCGAGCGACGUCCUGCUGCUGGAUGUAGCAUGCAUGAAUGUUGUCUAUGCCGGGAGUCCGAGUCGCGGAAAAGCCCGCCGUCAAGGCGCUUCAAGCGUCCUACGCAACGACAACAUUCUGAUGCACGCCGGCGCUAACGGAGUCUUCCUGAACGACAACUACUCAUACCCCAUUGCAAGUUUGCCGGACUUCGGAUCGCAAGCUGACCGUGACGUCUGCGCACAAACGAAGUGGUGUGCAUCGUGGUAUGACUGCACAGACUGUGUAGCGCGCCCGUUCUGCGGGUGGUGCGGGGACAGCUGCGUGUUCGCCAAUGCAACGUCGGGCAAUGGGACUCCAAAUUCUUGUCCGCAGAGUUCGACGUUCACGAGAGAUGCCUCCAAAUGUCCAAUAAGGCAACCUUUGGUAGUGGGUCACGACCCCAUUUCGACGGUCCUGUUACAAGGCGCGUUUGUGGACUAUAAAGUAUACAUCGACAUGCCAGGAUAUGAGAUCACAUUCCGCGCGCAGCCAGACAACGGAGACGUGAAACUGAAUCUCACCCUGUUGUCGAUCCAGCCAGUGGGCAGUUACUCAACGCUAGGUGGUGACCUAACAGUUUCCACGUACAGCCAUGAUCACAUGUCCGCGGAUUACGUGCUUCGGGUUAGCUACCCUGCGAGGGUUACAGCACGGAAACGAGAUACACCUUCCUCGGUAGGAGUAAGCGUGCAAGUUACAGCAGCUCGCUCUACUGCGAACGGACCUGGCGGAAACACAGGUGCAAUUACCGACGGCAUACAACCGUCGGAUAUCGCUACCUUCGUUAUCGUGUUUCUCUCGGCCAUUGUGACGAGCCUCCUCGCGACGUUUUUGGCCAGGCGGUGCCGAGAAAGGGUAUUCCUCGUGAGACUGAUGAGGGAAGGAAAGGUCGCGGUUCUUCCCAAGGAGCCACCGAAGAUGUAUGAAGUAGAGCUCUCGCUGAGCCCUCCCGAUCGAGAGCUUGUCAUAUCAGAUGCCGAGAAGACUUCACGACGGGGUGCAGACACCCGCAGUAAGAAGGAGGACGUGGAGUUGAGGGACUUGGAUGAGCUGCGUAUCCUUCGUUCGGCACGUGUAAGCGAUGGCACGGAAGGCCGUCAACCAGCCGCAAGGCCCGCCGGCCUCAGAUGCCGGGAUUUCCGCCGGCCUCUUGCGCUUCAUGAGAUGCACGCAGGAUCGCCGCAGACCCCACUUAUAGCAGCCUCAUAUCUUAUCGUCUUCCCGGGAGCGGAGCGAGCCAUCGCCAGCGCGAAUUUGCCAGCUCUGCAAGUAGCAACGGGUGUAUUCAAAGACGAGCGGGCGCACGACGCAGCAGACUUACUGGGCGGCGAUAGUACUUCUUGA